CCGUGCUUGUUCUCGGCGAGGUAUUACGUCACUGGCGAGAAACGAGAAAGGAACGCGACGGACACGUCUUUCCAGUGAUUUGAUCUACUCGUCGUGUUUUGCCGGGAGACCUGGUGCAUCCCCGUCUUGAAAUCUGCCAGCAAAGGGCAUGUCAAAGGGUAUUCGUGAAAGGACGCUGUACUUUACGACGGUGCCAGAAGUUGCUGUGGGGAGAACGGAUACGUUUCCUGUGUCAGUCAAAGGGUAGAACAAGUCCAGACUCCAGGAUAAGUGGUCAAAAACAUGGCUGAUUCCAACUUUGGAAGUCACGGACAAGGAAAGACCCGUAAGAAACCCUACAUUUGUGGGGAGUGUGGGUACAGAGCUGCUUAUAAGUGUCACUUAUCCCUACAUAUGAGAAGACACACUGGAGAGAAACCUUACCUGUGCGAAGAGUGUGGGCACAGAACUGCUAACAAGAAAGACUUAUCUCAACAUAUGAGAACUCACACUGGAGAGAAACCCUACAAGUGUGACCUGUGUGACUAUUCUGCAGCACAGAAAUCCACUUUGAACAUUCAUCGACGAAAACACACUGGUGAGAAACCCUACAUGUGUGGAGAGUGUGGGUACAGGAUGGCUCAUAAGUCUGCCUUAUCCUUACACAUGAGAACUCACACAGGAGAGAAACCCUACAAGUGUGACCAGUGUGACUAUUCUGCAGCACAAAAAUUAAAUUUGGACAUCCAUCUAGCUAAACACACUGGAGACAAACCCUACAUGUGUGGGGAUUGUGGCUAUCGAACAGUCAAUAGGUCUCAUUUAUCCAGACAUAUGGGAACUCACACUAGAGAGAAACCCUUCAGUUGUGACCUGUGUGACUAUUCUGCAGCCCGGAAAUCCACUUUGACCAACCAUCUACGAAAACAUGCUGGUGAGAAACCCUACAUGUGUGGGGAGUGUGGGUACAGGGCAGUUAGGAAGUCUCACUUAUCCCUACAUCUGAGAACUCAUACAAGAGAAAAACCCUACAAAUGUGACCUGUGUGACUAUUCUGCAGCCCAGAAACCCAAUUUGGAUAUGCACCGAGUAAAACACACUGAUGAGAAACCCUACAUGUGUGGAGAUUGUGGGUACAGGGCAGCUAUGAAGUGUACCUUAUCCCAACAUAUGAAAACUCAUACUGGAGAGAAACCCUACAAGUGUGAUCUGUGUGACUAUUCUGCAGCUGUGAAAUCCAAUUUGAAAAGACAUCAAUUAAAACACACCGGUGAGAAACCCUACAUGUGUGGGGAGUGUGGACACAGGACGGUUGAGAAGUCUGCAUUAUCCAUACAUAUGAGAACUCAUACAGGGGAGAAACCCUACAAGUGUGACCUGUGUGACUAUUCUGCAGCAGGGAGAUCAGCUUUGAACAUUCAUCGACAAAAACACACAUGUGAGAAACCCUACAUGUGUGGAGAAUGUGGGUACAGCACUGCUCAUAAGUUUGCCUUGGACAAACAUAUGAAAACUCAUACUGGAGAGAAACAUUACAAGUGUGACCUGUGUGACUAUUCUGCAGCUGUGAAAUCCAAUUUGAAAAGACAUCAAUUAAAACACACCGGGGCAAAACCCUACAACUACAAGUGUGACCAGUGUGACUAUUCUGCAGCACGGAAAUACCAUUUGGACAGGCAUCGACUAAAUCACACUAGUUAG